AUGGACCCGUACCACGUCCUCGGCGUGCCUCCGGGCGCGACCGACUCCGAGAUCAAGGCGGCCUAUCGCAAGGCGGCGAUGCGAUGGCACCCCGACAGGAACACCGCGUCCGGCCCGGAAGCCGCGGCCAUGGCCGAGAGGCAGUUCAAGGCUGUGAACGACGCGUACGACUACCUGUCCAACAGCGGCGGCCGGGGACCCGGCUCGGGAUCCUCGUCGAGCGGCGGCGGGGGCGCGUCAUCGUCGCAGGGAUCGGGGAGGUGGAGACGACGGCCGUGGUCUUCCUACGCGGCGAGCGGCGGGCACGCCGGCGGCGGGGGAGGAGCGUACGCCGGCGACGAUCCCUUCGGGUUCAGGACCGGAAGGGGCACCGUCGGCGACCACAUGAGACGCAUCGAUCGAAACCUGCGCGUUCUGUACGUCUCGCUCGCCCUCCUCGCGGGACUCGUGUACGUCGCGCCCCCGGCCCCGUCGCCCAUGGAGGCGGCCAAGGCGCGACGAAGGCGGGAACGGACGGCGCACGCGAGGGGCGAGACGCAUCGGUUCACGGAACGAGCCAACGUGUCGCUCGCGCCGGGAUCGCCGCUCUAUGGUCGUCGGCACGGGUCACACACGGCACAGCAGCCGUGGUUGGAUCGCGCGGCGGGGGACGCGGCGUGGGGCGGUGACGCGACGUACGAGCGGUUCGCGGCGGCGGCGACACAGCUGGCGACGUUUGAGACGUCGGCCGAAUCAGAUCGGCCCGGUCGUCGUUGGCGAACGCGGUCGCUGGGGGAGGCGGAGCAGCGCGCGGCGCUCCACGCGGGGUGGCAGCGCGCCAGGUUCGGCGCCAAGGUGGUCGCGGGCGGCGGCGGCGGCGGCGGCGGGGACACAGCUGGCGGCGACGGGGAGGUUAGCAGUCGGUCUUCGUCGACUGGGGACGCGACGCCCGAGUGGGCCAGCGGUGGGUUCGCCGGGGUGGGCAUAUCGCGACGCGUGCUCCCGUAUCAGCAGCGCGACGGUCGUGGUGACGAGGGUUCGCGGGGUUGGUCCGGCGGGUCCGAGAUACAGUGCGCCAACUGCGGGUACGACGUGGCGAGGGCGGCGAGGUACUGCGCCGCGUGCGGGGUGAGGGUGACGAGCCCGGGGAGCGUGGUUCGGCGACUGAGGGCGGAUCCGCAGGAUACGGGGACUAGCGUGGGGCGGGGACGGGAAAGGGCGAAGGCGGCGGCUUUGGCGGCGGCGGCGAGGGCGGAGUCGGAGUCGGGCGUGAAGGCGGUGGGCGUCGUCGUCGCGGCGGACGGCGCAUCGAGCGACGGAGUUCCGAGCUAG